UAGUUGAUUGUGUUGUCAUGAUCACUAGAAUUUACGUCGAUUAAUUAAGGAGAAUAUAAAUAAAUUUUCUAUUUAAAUGAAUAAAACGUUUAAAAAUUGUUCUUUCCACUUGAAAUAUGAUGUCAACUCAAUUGAUUGCCCUUUCACUAAUUGCAAUUUGUAUAACUACCCUAUCCUUAGCCUGUCAAGUUAGACAACACACUGAAGGCGAAUCAUUCGUCUGUGUUUGCAAUGAAGCUUAUUGUGAUUCAAUCAAUACUGAACCUAAUUCCUUGCCUGAUCACUUAACCAUAUUUCAAACUGAUAAAUCAUCUCAUCGAUUUGCAAAAAGUCUAAUCCAUGUAAGUGAUUUAAUUUACGAUUCUAAUCAACUUGCUGAUGUUCGUGUAAAAAUCAAUACAACAGAUCGUAAACAAAAAAUUAUUGGUUUUGGAGGGGCUUUCACUGAUGCAGCUGGAAUCAAUCUUAACAAAUUACCUGAUAGUUUAGCUGAUAAAUUAAUUGAAGAUUAUUUUGGUCCUAAUGGCUUACAAUAUACAGUUUCUCGUGUUGUUAUGGCAAGCAGUGAUUUCUCAGAUCGACCUUACUCUUAUGAUGAUGUUGAAAACGAUUUCGAGUUGAAAAAUUUUUCCUUAACACAUGAUGAUCACCAAUAUAAAAUAAAAUACAUUAAAAAAGCUUUCAAUUGGACUUCUCAGCUCAAGCUUUUCGCUUCACCGUGGUCAUCUCCUAAAUGGCUGAAAACCAAUGGAGAAAUCAAUGGUCUUGGUAUUUUAAAAGGUGAUCCUGGAAGCAUCUAUUGGAAAACUUAUGCAAAUUAUUUUGUCAAAUUUUUUCAAGCCUAUGAAGCCCUUGGUAUUGACUUUUGGGGACUUACUCCUGGAAAUGAACCCAGUGUUGGCUUUAUUCCUUUUUUGAAGCUUCCUUCUUUGGGCUUUUCGGGUGCCAUGAUGGCAGAAUUCAUCAAAAGAGAUUUGGGUCCAGCUUUAAAAGCAGCCGGUUACGAUAAAAAUAAGCUCAAAUUGAUGGUACUUGACGACAAUAUUCCCUAUCUUAUGAAUUUUGUUUGGCCAAUCCUCAGUGAUCCUGAAGUGAAUCAAUACGUUUCUGGUGUUGCUUAUCAUUGGUACGCUCAAUCUAUGCAUGAAGCUUUAACUCAAUUUCAUUCAAUGUAUCCUGAAUAUUUUAUACUUUCAAGUGAAGCUUGUGAAGGAUUCAGAGCCAAUGAAAAGGCUUUGACUAUUGGAAACUGGACUCGAGCCGAAAAUGUAGUAGCUGAUGUAAUUGAAGGUCUCAACAAUUGGUCAAGUGGUUGGGUUGAUUGGAAUCUUGUUCUUGAUGAAACUGGUGGACCCAAUUGGCUUCAAAAUGCGGCUGAUGCAUUUAUAUUUAUUAAUAACACUUCACCAGAAUAUUAUAAACAACCAAUGUUUUACGCAUUUGGCCAUUUUAGCAAAUUUAUUCAGCCUGGAUCGAUUCGUCUCGGCCAUACGAUCAUCGAAGGAGAAGUCGACGCAAAUAUAAAAAUGACUACAUUUCUGAGUCCAUCUAAUGAUUUGAUUUUUACUUUCCUAAAUCGAAAUCAAAAACCUAUUGAAUUAUCGAUUAGUGGUUUUGUCGAUAAACCAUUUACUUUUACAUUCGGACCUAGAUCAAUUACCACAAUAAUAAAACCAUUGAAAUGAAAAACUGGAAA